AUGGGUAGAGAUCUGCAUAUCGACGUGAUUGAGAUUCAAUGCAUAGCAUCGUCCACCUUGAACAUGUCGAUACAUCCUCAAAGCAGUACACGCAUUGAGAACAUUUGGACGAUCUAUAAUAGCCAUCGCAUGACUAUCUCAGCAAGCAUGGAGCGUGCGAAAGCUCGACCGUCGGCUGUUCGAUUAUUAUUGGCAGAUCAGGACGGACUCCUGCCUUGGUUAAUGCGUUCGCCGGGAAAUUAUGAGUUGACUGCACACCUAUCAAUAGCAUUCCACAACGCCAGUCAUAGAUCAUUAACAAACGUCGAUCUGGAUGGUUUCUUGACUUUCGAGUCCAAGUUCAAGCGCAGGUAUAUCGUAAGGCGUCCAGCGCAGGGUACAGACUGUGUUCGAAGCUACGUAGUCUUGCCCAGCGGAUCAACAAAGUACGGCAGAAAUGUGACGCAUAAGCUCGGUUACAUGACAACACGUGUCCUCUUGGUAGGAGAAGGAUUUUCACACUCCAUAUUGAACCGCUAA